GUAAUAAACAACAAAACAUGCGUAAAAGAACAAAAAGUCAACAAGGGUAAGCUCUGCCUUUUGGCAAGCCAAUUCCUUUGCCCCUCGUAGACUCUACCUGGUCUCUCUUCUUCAAAGAUUGAUUCUUUUUCUGAAUAAAUACUGAUAUAUACUUCUAUAAAUAGACAUCAAUUUCUACAAAUAACUUGUUUGUGUAUAUGAAUAUAAAAUAUAGGUAGGACUCGAGAAUUGGCAAUUCAAGUCCUGGGCAACUCUUUAUUUUUCUUUCACGUAGAAUUGGGUGUUUGGUGGGUUGGAAAGGGAAUUUCUUGAAUACCCAGUUGGUGAUUCUCUUUUGUUUUGGCAUUUGUUGGAUUUUUGUGGUUUUUGGAAUUGGAUUUUGUAGUUUAGAUUAUUAUAAUUGCUGUUUUUGAUGGCGCAAGUUGUGGAAUUGAUGAUCUUAUAAGUGAGGUUUUUGUGAGUGUUGAGGUUUUUGAGGUUAGAAGAGAUAAGUAGAUGCUGAGAGGAAGAGAAAGGUGGUAAGGUAGGGCUGAAUUAUAUGGAUCAUUUAUGUUGCUGUAAUUCUGUCUAUAAUCAGGUUGUAGGAGGGCAAUCUUCAUGUAGCUCUGGCAAGGGCAGGAGCCAUCAGGGCCCUGCUAAAUAUGGCUUUAGCCUAGUGAAAGGGAAAGCAAAUCAUCCUAUGGAGGAUUAUCAUGUUGCAAAGUUUGUUCAGAUCCAAGGACAUGUGCUUGGACUUUUUGCUAUCUAUGAUGGGCAUUUAGGAGAUAGUGUACCUGCCUAUCUUCAGAAGAACUUGUUUAACAAUAUCUUAAAGGAUGAGGAGUUUUGGACAGAUACUAACAAGUCCAUUUUAAAAGCCUAUGAGAAGACAGACCAGGCUAUUCUCUCACAUAGUCCUGACUUGGGAUCUGGUGGGUCAACGGCUGUCACUGCAAUUCUGAUUAAUGGCCAGAAGUUAUGGAUUGCAAAUGUUGGAGAUUCUCGAGCAGUUCUUUCAAGAAGAGGGAAAGCAAUACAGAUGACAACUGAUCAUGAGCCAAACACUGAGCGGGGUAGCAUAGAGAAGAAAGGCGGCUUUGUCUCGAACAUGCCAGGAGAUGUUGCAAGAGUGAACGGUCAGCUGGCAGUUUCUCGUGCUUUUGGAGACAAGAAUCUCAAAUCACACUUGCGCUCUGACCCUGAUAUCCAGAAUACUGUUAUUGACUCAGAUGCUGAUGUUCUCAUACUUGCAAGUGAUGGUCUAUGGAAGGUGAUGUCUAAUCAAGAGGCAGUUGAUAUUGCAAGAAAGACAAAAGAUCCACAGAGGGCAGCCAAGCAACUAGCAGCAGGGGCAUUGAAUAAGGGCAGUAAGGAUGAUAUCUCCUGCAUUGUAGUUCGCUUCAAUGGGUAAAGCAAAAGAGAAAAUUCUUGCCUAGACCUGAUCGAUCAUAGACUUAAGACACAAACAUGAGGGUUUUGCUAUAAUAUGGGAUCCAAUUCUAUAGGCUAACACCAGUUUGAAAUCUCAUGAAGUCCUGUUACUCUAAAAAUUACUUCAAAAUAGCUUAUUUCUUUCCCUUCCCCUUCUCUGUAUAAUUGUGUGGUUUGCUUUUGCUUGUGCGUGUAGAUUCAUAUACCUUGAUUUUUCUUUGCAAUUUGCACCUUGAGAUGAAGCACUGUGGAGAUGGUUGUGUUUAUGUAAAACUGUGCAACUGUUGUAAUAGAAAAAUAUUUUAAUAUACAGUUGAAAUGUUGCUCU